AUGGUUCCCAUUCUAGACCGGUGACCCUAUAAAUAAUAUGAUAAUUUCCUUGACACCAUAUCACAACCAAAUUCCUUAGAGAAAAAGGAAGAGAAAGGUCAAAGAUGUUUUACUAUGUGAUUGUCCUUCCUUUAGCUCUCUUUCUCUUGGCUUACAAAUUAUUCUUCACCUCCAAAACGAAGCGUUUCAACCUCCCUCCCUCUCCACCUUACUCUCUCCCAAUCCUAGGCCACCACAACCUCCUCAAGCCGCCGGUCCACCGUCUCUUCCACCGCCUCUCCAAAACACACGGCCCAAUCUUCUCCCUCCAAUUUGGCUCCCGCCGUGCCGUCGUAAUCUCCUCCUCCUCACUCGCAACACAAUGCUUCACAGGCCAAAACGACAUCAUUCUCUCAAACCGGCCUUGUUUCCUAACCGCUAAAUACGUCGCUUACAACUACACAACCGUAGGAACCGCGCCUUAUGGCGACCACUGGCGUAACCUCCGCCGCAUUUGCUCCCUGGAAAUCCUCUCCUCGAACCGUCUCACAAACUUCCUCCACAUCCGUAAAGACGAAAUCCACCGCAUGCUCACGAGACUCUCACGCGACGUCAACAAAGAGAUCGAGCUCGAGCCGCUCUUGUCCGAUCUAACGUUCAACAACAUAGUAAGAAUGGUUACAGGGAAGAGAUACUACGGCGACGAAGUCCAUAACGAAGAAGAGGCAAAUGUUUUCAAGAAACUCGUCGCCGAUAUCAACGACUGUAGCGGCGCGAGACAUCCCGGAGAUUACUUGCCCUUCAUGAAGAUGUUCGGAGGGAGCUUUGAGAAGAAAGUGAAAGCUCUUGCGGAAGCCAUGGAUGAGAUCUUGCAGCGUUUGCUUGAAGAAUGCAAGAGAGAUAAAGAUGGUAACACUAUGGUUAAUCAUUUGCUCUCUCUGCAACAAAAUGAACCAGAGUAUUACACUGACGUCACUAUCAAAGGCCUAAUGCUGGGCAUGAUGAUCGCCGGAACAGACACUUCCGCUGUGACGCUGGAGUGGGCGAUGUCGAGCUUGCUAAAUCAUCCCGAGGCUUUGGAAAAAGCAAAACUAGAGAUUGACGAGAAAAUCGGACAAGAACGUUUGAUCGAUGAACCAGACAUCGCAAACUUGCCUUACCUUCAAAACAUAGUGUCGGAAACAUUCCGAUUAUAUCCAGCGGCACCGCUUCUAGUACCAAGAUCACCAACAGAGGAUAUUAAAGUCGGAGGAUACGAUGUGCCACGUGGCACAAUGGUGAUGGUUAAUGCGUGGGCUAUACACAGAGAUCCAGAGCUCUGGAACGAACCGGAGAAGUUUAAACCAGAGAGGUUUAAUGGCGGAGAAGGUGGAGGAAGAGGAGAAGACGUUCAUAAGCUGAUGCCGUUUGGGAAUGGACGGAGAUCGUGUCCCGGCGCCGGACUAGGGCAGAAGAUCGUGACAUUAGCGUUAGGUUCGUUGAUCCAAUGCUUUGACUGGCAAAAAGUCAACGGCGAAGCAAUCGAUAUGACGGAGACUCCGGGGAUGGCAAUGCGUAAGAAAAUACCUCUAUCUGCUUUGUGUCAAUCUCGGCCCAUUAUGAGUAAGCUUCAGGCCCAUUUAAAAGGUUAGGUUUGUUUUCUUCUUAAAGUUCUUUUUAGUUUUCUGUUUUCUAUGCAUGGAGAUGUGAGAUUUUGCUGCGUUUGUGUAACGAAGGAUAUUUGUGUAAUGCGAACAAAUGAAAUUCCAAUGUUUUGCCCAUAUGUAAUGGUUUAUAAGAUUUGUUUCUCUUUAAUGGUUUCUAAGAUAGUUAGCGGGAUGAUAAAGGUUUGGAUUAACAAAACAUGUCAGAUAAAUUUCUACAGCAAGAAGAUGAG